GAUAACAAAAUCGAUAAGCGCGCUCAUGCUCAGUACCGGGAUGCUGCGCUCACCAAAACAAAUGUUUUAUCAACUCCAGUACAUCCUUAACAUUUAAUAUUUAAAACAGUCACUCCACAUGUCGCGACAAAAUGUUCUCAGUGAAACGUGUCAGGGCGAGAAUCAAGACGAAAACGACGCACUAUUUAAGAUGUGGGGCGAAAACGGCCACGUUUCUGUUCUGGGCUUCGUUGUACAUGGUCGUUAUGAGGAUGACGAUAUUCAAGGGGAGCUCGGACCCGCCUGUGAAGGAAUGGGCUACUCCUGACAAUUACACGAAGUGGCUGUUACAGGGCCCAGUCUUAGGCGAGGACGACACCGACUCAGAGCCCGCCAUAGACUGGUCAGAGCCAGACAACACCACUAUAACCGAGCUAGAGAGACGAGCGGCGCGCGCGCAGGCCGUGUGCAGACAAAGACGUAUAAAACAGACGGUCAACAGUAAGGAGUUCUUCGUGGAUCAUGCGCAUAAUCUGGUCUGGUGCAACAUAUUUAAGGCGGCCAGCUCGAGUUGGUUGUACAAGUUUAAUAUUUUAGGCGGCUACGACAAGAAGUUCCUAGCGCGAAGCCGACACACACCGCUCACACUAGCCCGUCGUAAAUUUCCACGACCAAGCACAGAAGAGCUGAAAGACGCCAUCAACACGCCAGGCGUGAUCUCCAUGCUCAUAGUCCGAGAGCCCUUCGUGCGUCUGCUCUCGGCCUAUAGAGACAAGCUGGAGAAUGUAACGCCGCCGUAUUACAGGAAGCUGGCGAGAGCUAUUGUGGCUGAGCAUAGAGAGAGCGCGGCGAAGGUUCUAGGACCAAUAAAGAGCUUCGGACCGACGUUUUAUGAGUUCGUCGCGUAUUUAAUACAGAAACAUAAGGAUCUCGACCAGAGACUCCCGUUCGACGAACAUUGGGCCCCGUAUUACCACUUCUGUUCACCUUGCGCCAUCAAUUUCACAGUUAUAGCCAAAGUGGAAACCCUUUCAAGGGAUUCAGGGUAUGUCAUAUACGAGUUAGGGUUGGCGCAUGUUUUAGGAAGACGGGUCAGGGACCGCAGAACGAGACUAAGGACAGUUAUGAACAAAUCCAGAGAUGGGAAAAACACGACAGCCCUGUUGAAGUACUAUUUUAGUCAGUUAGAUGAAAGUAUGCUAAACGACUUGUUGAGAAUAUAUGGUAUAGAUUUUGAGAUGUUUGGAUAUGAUCCUAAAGUUUAUAGAAGUUAUGUGAGGAAAUAAAGUUUAUGUGAUGUGUUGA